GAUGAAGAGCCUCCGCCGCUCGCCGGCGGUCGAUCUGAUAGAGGACGACGACCUCCUCUCGGAGAUCCUCCUCCGCCUACCCCCGCACCCCUCCUCCCUCCCGCGCGCAUCCCUCGUCUGCAAGCGUUGGCGCCGCCUCGUCUGCGACCCCGUCUUCUCCCGCCGCAACCCGCCCCUCCUAGGUCUGUUCGACAGGUACCAAUGCCUGUCCUUCAUACCCACUCUGGAGGCCCCCAACCGCGUCCCUCCCUGGUGCUUCUCCCUGCAUGCCGAGGACGACGUCAGCUGCUCCACCUCCCUCGGAUGCCGCCACGGUCUCGUGCUCCUCCACCUUACAAAGAGUCUCCAGGUCCUCGUGUGGGACCCCGUCACUGGAGACCAACGCCGCAUUGCCCUUCCCCCGAGGUUCUGUGCAAAGGGGACCAUGAUCAACGGGGCGGUGCUUCGCGCCCCAGGACACGUCCACUUCCACUUCCAGGUGGUCCUGGUAAUAGCGGACGACGAUGCCAGCCAUAGACUGGCGUUCGCGUGCGUUUACUCGUCGCACACCGGCCUAUGGGGGCACCUCGUCUCAACACCGAUUCCUUCCGAGCCCGACACUCCCACAAUUGUUUAUCCGGAAGCCGCUGUGCUAGUUGGGAAUUCCCUUCACUGGCUGCUUUUCGGGCAUACCUUUGCUGGAAUUCUCGAGUUUGAUUUGGAUAGGCACAGGCUAGCGGUUACACAAGUGCCGCUUGAUAUCCUCGCCCAAGGUGACGACGUCGCGAUUACGCGGACAGAGCGGGGUGGGCUUGGCUUCCUCCUUUUGUCAGACUUCAGCGCCCACCUAUGGAACAGGGAGCACGAUUGCAAUGGUGUCGCUUCGUGGGUGCUGCGAAGAACCAUUGAACUCGACAAGCUGCUUUUCCUGAAUCGAGAGGAGGAGAGGGACCCCCUCACGAUAAUAGGAUUUGCUGAGUGCAGCAAUGUUGUGCUCCUGUGGACUGGCAGCCUUUUCAUGGUCCAGCUUGAGUCGUUGCAGUUCAAGAAACUUUCUGAAACCAACUUGGUGGCCUGCAGUCCGUUUGAAAAUGUAUAUACUGCAAGUAAUAGCAUGCCUUAA